AGUGGAGGUUAGAGGUGCCUCGGUGCUGCUCAGGUGGGGGUUACAGUAGGAAGACACACCCUGAGAAGGCAGCUGGGAAGCAGGCAGUUUGAGCUUGCUGCAGAAAUGACCGAGGCGGUCUGGAAGAACAUGGCAACGGGAAGCCGCUCCGAGUUCGAGUUCCCCUCCUCUCACUGCGCCACACUGACCUUGGCUCCACUGGGCACAAGCUGACCGGUUCCUGGAGGCUGCCAGGGACAGCAGCAUAGCUUAGCCGGACCUUGGCACAAGCACACAGGCACAUGCUCGCACAGACUGACGCAUACAGAGAUAGGCAUACGGAUAUCUUGGCACCCGGCUGCAGAAUGGAUGCCCGUUCUUCCUGCUAUCAGACCUUCCCCUCCGCACGCUUGGCAUGCAGGCAUCGGACCUGGGAAGACUCCUUCUCCACAGUGUGCAUCUCUGCCGAGGAGAUGGAGUCUUACUACUUCUUCCUGUGGGUGUGUCAGAAGACUGAAUCUGCUACUGCGAGAAAUGAAAUAAUGCAGCAGGAGAUCAGACCCCUGCUCGCAAAGGACAUCAUUGAGCAGCUCAGAAGGCAGUUUGCCUUGUUGUCAGGGGGAAGAGGAAAAGACGGAGCUCCGAUAAUCACAUUCCCGGAAUAUUCUGGUUUCUGCGAUCUUCCGGAUGAAGACUUCCUCAAUGUUGUCACAUAUCUGACAAGCAUUCCCAGUAUGGAUGCAGCCAGCAUUGGAUUUAUUAUAAUCAUAGACCGGCGCAGGGACAAAUGGAGCUCUGUGAGAACCUCGCUCGCCCGGAUAGCGGGGGCAUUCCCAGGAAACCUGCAGCUGGUUUUGGUGCUGCGCCCAUCCCGCCUCAUUCAGAGAGCAAUCGCCGACAUCGGCAUCAGGAUGCAUCGUGACGACUUUAAAAUGAAGGUACCGAUCAUCAUGCUGAACUCCGUCUCAGAUCUGCAUGGCUACAUCGAUAAAGCUCAGCUAACGUGUGAAUUGGGUGGAAACUUGGAGUACUGCCACAAGCAGUGGAUCAGCCAUCGGACAGCCAUAGAGAACUUUGCGGUGACUGUGAAGACCACAGCGCAGAAGCUGCAGAAAUUUGGAACAGACUUAGCCGAGACUGAGCUCCCCAAUGAUGUACAGUGCACCAAAGACCUUCUGGCUGCCCACACUGAGAAACACGACAAGCUCAAGGAAGAGCUUGAACACGCUCUAAAGGAAGGAAUGACCCUGCUGUCCUGUAUUAGAGAACAAGCAAAGAAGAACCCAAACAAUAAACUCAACCCCGAUGAGACUGAGAAUGUAAUAACCGUGGAGAGGUUGCUGGCACAGCUGGACGAGACAGAAAAUGCCUUUGAGGAGUUUUGGUCCAAACAUCACCUGAAGCUUGAACAGUGCUUGCAGUUACGACACUUUGAGCAGGACUUCCGAGAUGUCAAAGUGUCACUGGACGGUCUCAUGGCGACGCAGGCUGCCCUCAGUGACAUCGGGGACUGUGUCACGCGUGUGGAACAGCUGCUGAAGGACCUCAAGUCCUUGGAAGAGAAAGCUCAGGAAUCCUUAGAGAGGGCACAGAGGCAUGCUCUGCAUGGUGACCAGCUGAUACAGAGCAAUCACUAUGCCGUUGACUCCAUCCGGCCCAAAUGCGUGGAGCUGAGGCGAAUCUACGAUGACUUUACCAAUGAGGCCAAACGGAAAUACGACAUACUAGCGAAAUCCCAUGAAAUCCAUAAACUGAUGGAUAAGGUGAACCACUGGUGUGAGUCUGGCGUAUACCUGCUGGCGUCCCAGGCUGUGGACAAGUGUCAGUCUCAGGAGGGCGCUGAGGCUGCCCUUCAGGACAUCGAGAGGUUCCUGGAAACCGCGAAGGAACACCAGCUGACAUACCUGAAGGACCUCUACAACCAGUAUGAGAUUGUACUCACGACCGAGGUCAAGAGCAAUGUGCGGAAGUCCUUGCAGAGGCUCGAGGAUGUACAGGAGAUGUUCGAGAAAAGACAUGUCAGUCUGAAAAAGUUGUCUGCCAAGCAGACCAGGCCCGUGCAGCCGGUUGCCCCUCGGCCAGAGUCUUCCCCAAAACGGUCCUCACCCAAGACUCCUCGGACAACCGGCCAUCCACCAAACCACAGGGUUACAGAGAAGGCCAGCCCCCCAAAGCAGCUUGCCGAUACAGAUUUGGCAAAAAAGAAAAACAUCCGCAAAUCCAAAGGCAUUAAGAUUGAAGUCAUGCACGAAGCCAGCCAGGGAGGUACGAGUCACGCACUAGUGUCCAACGAGACAGAAGAAACUUUGUCAAGCAGAAGAAGACACAUCAUGAAUGAGCUGAUUGAAACAGAAAGACUGUAUGUUGAAGAGUUGCAAAGCAUCAUAGAGGGGUAUGCUGCUGAACUGGAUAACUCUGAGCUAUCCCACCUAGUGCCAGCAGCUCUUGAAAACAAAAAAGAAGUCCUGUUUGGUAACCUUCCAGAAAUCUACGAGUUUCACAAGAGGACAUUUCUGAAAGAGCUUGAAAACUGCAUGGAAAAUCCGGAAAUGGUGGGAACAUGUUUUUUGAAACAGAAGGAAGACCUGCAGAUCUAUGAAAAGUACUGUCAAAACAAGCCACGCUCUGAAGCUCUGUGGAGGCAGUGUGGGGAUAGCACGUUCUUCCAGGAAUGCCAGAAGAAGCUGGACCAUAAGCUUUCGCUGGACGCCUACCUGCUGAAACCCGUGCAGAGAAUCACCAAGUACCAACUCAUGCUCAAGGAAAUGCUCAAGUGCAGUAAAAACUCAGCAGGCACAGCGGAGCUGGAGGAGGCCCUGGCAACGAUGCUCGACAUCGUCAAGUCGGUCAACGAUUCCAUGCACCAGAUCGCCAUCACGGGUUUUGAGGGGAACAUCUAUGAUCUGGGCAAGCUGCUGAUGCAGGGCUCCUUCAACGUAUGGACGGACCACAAAAAGGGUCACAGCAAGGUGAAGGACCUGGCCCGCUUCAAACCGAUGCAGCGGCACCUGUUCCUCUACAACAAGAUGCUGCUUUUCUGCAAGAAGCGGGAGGAGACCUCAGAAAGCCAUGAGAAAUCUCCCUCCUAUGGCUUUAAGCACUCACUCAAGAUGAGUGCCGUUGGAAUCACUGAAAAUGUCAAAGGUGAUAUCAGGAAGUUCGAGGUGUGGUAUAAUGGCCGGGAGGAAGUCUACAUAAUUCAGGCAUCCUCCGUGGACGUGAAAAACAUGUGGGUGUCCGAGAUCAGGAAGGUUCUGACAGGGCAGCUUGAGGCAUGCCGAGAGGCCAGUCAGCUGCAUCAGAGGAUCACAGAGAAUGUGCACCCAGCUUCCGCGAUGACGCCUGGCACACGAAACAUGAGAAAAGCCGCCCUCAAGCAGUCCGAUUCCUCCAGCUCGGAGGCAGGGUUCAGAAGUAGCAAUCCCACUCCUACAAUGAGACAGAAGCGAGCUGAUGCUACUAGCAGCCAUAACGCAGAGCGGGCCGCACUGGCUAAAAAACGGUUCACAUUGCAGGGUCUGUCCAACCGCAGGUCUCUACCCCAAGAACCUCAAGCUAAGGAGGUCGAUGUGACACGUCGCUUCUCUUUAGCUUCCUCUAUCAGUGCCUCUGCUACUAGGCGCACAAAAGGUUCACUCUCUGGUAACCUUAAAUCCAAGAGACAUGAAAUUAAGAGUGAUCCCACACCACUAGGAUAUGAAGACACUUUAAAGGGGGCAAUCGCAGUGGAAAGCAAACGUAAUAGUGCUGCAGAUUCGAAUUCAGGGGUACCUAGAUCUACUUCUCAAACAGGGUGGAAUCAUAGGUGUUUACCCUCAAUGGACACUGAAGACUUUGAAACCAUUCUUUCUAGUGCUGAGGAGCUUUCAAACUCCUCAGAGCCAGAGGAGGAAUCUCAUAAUAAAAAUGGGGAUCGGGAUCAGUUUCCAGUUCAGCUGACGUAUGAUGAGAAAAGAGCGCCAGAUCUAUCUAUGGAGUCGGGAGAUUUAGAGCAUUUUCUAGAAGAAGCUGAAAAUGGGCAUUGAUAUCCUCAAUAAUUUAUUAACAUCAACGUUGACAUAGGAGAACGCAUCCAGGGACUGGAAAAAAUAACAUUACGGACAUAUUUAUACAUCUGCUUAUGACUGUAUUAUGGCAUGCACUUGGAGAUUAUAUGAGAUGCCUUCCAUUCUGACCUCCGGUGUGGAAGGUCAGCGUCACACGACCCCUCCUGAGGUUGUGCAUCGGGCCACUCUCUGAUCUGAGCUGCUGCAGUGUGAGUGAUUCCUCCAAACUCUGCUUGAACUCCUGGCGUGAGCAGAGCACACUAGGCUACUGCAUCCCCUAGGAAACAACCAAUGAACCGAACUGGUGCUUUAUGCUUUCACAAGCAAUGUCGCCGUGCCUUUGCCACGCAAGCCCCCGGUUGAAAUGCACUCAUCAACGUCAGACGGAAUAUACUGUAAUUACACAGGAUGAAGGCAUUGUUAAAAGUGAAGAAAGCACAUGUCUGUUUCAGCAGAACUGAUGCAUGGAAAGGCUCAACAUUGUUCUGAAACUGCUGUCACGCUCUUUCCUAGUAGUGUGUUUCAAGGUUUCUAAGUCUUUGAACAUGCAGAGGUUUGAACGUGUCUUUAAACAAUGAUUAUGGCACAUAAUAAAUAUUAUUCAAUAAUCAAGAUACUGUAUUACAUUGAUAUGCAUAUAUUGUCUGAUAACGGUUAAAGAAUACAUGUAUUCAAGUUCAAUGUUCAAAGACAUACUGUUCAUCCCAUGUUUAAUAACAAAAAAAAAUCACUGGUUACCUUUUUUAAUAGUGGGCAUUUACUUUAAAUGUACCUUGUCUUUUUGUAUGCUGUAUUUUAUAAUGAAUGUUCUCUUAAAAAAGAAAAGACAUUUUCCUUAAGGCAUGAUAAAGACGAACACCACAGUAAGAAAUUACUAUUCAUAUUAAAAAUCGCUGCAGGUAUACUUAUUACCACAGGAUGCCAGGACACAGACAAAACAAUUACUUGAAUUUGUUGCUCAAUCUUGCUCUUGUUCCGCAAACGAUGUUUCUGUGAUUUACUUUUGAUAUUUUGGUGGAAUGUAAGUUUUCCUUAUCGCAACAAAUGAUGAUAGAUUGUAAUGCACACAUGAAAACGGUUAUGUAAAUGAUUUUUGAGAACUUGAUUUCAAAUUCAUAUUGAGGAAGAGUGCAGUCUACUUUGUUUCAUUAGAUCUUUUACCUGGUCUAUCAUUAUAAGUGUAAGUAAAAUUGCAGUGUACCUAAUACCAGACCACUUGUGCCAAAAAUUUCCCAGUGGGCUGAAAGUAUACUACCCCAAUUUCAUCAAUUGCUCCAUAUUUAAUUUAAUAACUGGCAUUCAUGUAUACCUACAAUUCCAUAGAAGUCAGAAAAUAAAUGUACAACUCAUUCAGAUUUCAUACUAUUCUGGGAGUCAAAUUGCAUAUAUUACUGAAGUAAAAUUUUAAAAGCACAGGUCAAAGUAGACCCACCGUAUAUUCAGCCCUCCUUGAACUUUGUCUCAGACUGUUUAGACUGAUUUUUAACGAAAACACAUUGAAAUAAAAACAUGUCAAUUAUUUUUUUCCUGUACAUUUUGAAACAUGCAAGGAAAUACAUGUUUUAUUAAUA